GUUGUUCGAAGAAAACGGAGCGAAAAGUGUAAACACAAAUAACGCAGCGUCGAAGGUUUUACACAAACGUUUCCUAGUGGUUUUGUGGUGUCAAAAUGGGUCUUGACUUCGACGUGCAGGACUACAUCAAAACCCUCAACAAACACUCUCCGCCAUUCAAGUGUCCCAAGUGUGACAAAAAGUACAAAUCGGUGAUUGGUUUACAAUACCACCUAAACAACUAUGAUCAUGACAAUCCAUCACCGGCGGCUGGAAAUACAAGUACUGCUUCUGCUUCUGCUACCGCUACUCCUGCUGCAGCUGCUGUUGCCGUGGGUGAUUCCGUUGGUGUCGAUACACCCACACCGUCCGGGUCCGGUGCAUGUGGCGACACCGGUUCUGCUUCCACCAAAUCCAAAACCAAACCCAGUGUAAAGGAAGCUUCAUGUGAAACACCUGUUCGCCCAGUCAAAAACAACAACAACAAGAGAAGUCAAAAGAAAAAGGUCGGGGUUACUCCUAAAAAUAAGACACCAGCGGUGGCUUCGCGAGAAGCGCUAACCUACAUGGAAGAUGAGAAUUUGGUGAAGAUCGAAUUUGGUGGAAAAAAUAUUAACCUUUCGGUGGACGAAGAGUUUGCGUUGAUCAGCAUAGAAGACCACAAAAAGGCACUGGAGGAUCCGAAUUUGGAAAUGUUCGUCGUUCCGCCACCAUCGGAACCAACGGUAACUUUACCGGAAGGUGUUUUCAAAGAGAUUGAAGAGUACACAAUCAGUGAUGCCCCCGUCAGACCAAAUGCUUACAUUCGGUUUAUUGAGAAGAGCACGGAGGAAUUGGAUGGGGAAGUUGAAUACGAUGUUGACGAAGAAGACACUACUUGGUUAAGCAUUAUGAAUGAGCGACGAGCAUCACAAAAUCUCUGUCCUGUGGCCGUAGAUUCGCUGGAACUUUUGAUGGAUCGGUUGGAGAAGGAGUCCUACUUUCAGGCAUCGGUGACCGGCCAGAACGGAGCGAUCGUUGAUGACGAUGCCGUCUGUUGUAUCUGCAUGGACGGAGAAUGUCAGAAUACGAACGUGAUUUUGUUUUGUGACAUGUGUAAUCUGGCGGUUCACCAGGAUUGCUAUGGGGUUCCGUACAUUCCGGAGGGGCAGUGGCUUUGUCGGCGUUGUUUGCAAAGUCCCAGUCGUUCGGUGGACUGUGUGCUGUGUCCCAAUACGGGAGGUGCGUUCAAACAGACGGACAGUGGCCAAUGGGCGCACGUGGUUUGUGCGCUCUGGAUUCCGGAGGUUCGAUUUGCGAAUACAGUGUUUCUGGAACCGAUUGAUUCGAUAGAAAUGAUUCCUCCCGCCCGGUGGCGUUUGGUGUGCUAUAUUUGCAAACAGAAAGGAAUGGGUGCGUGUAUUCAGUGCAACCGAAAUUCCUGCUAUGCUGCCUUCCAUGUGACUUGUGCCCAACAGGCUGGACUCUGUAUGCGAAUGGAUCAGGUCCGUGGCAAUGACACCCAUCCGGUCGUAGUGCAAAAGACGGCAUACUGCGACGCGCACACUCCCAUCAAUGCACUGUCCUCGCCGGGAGAAUCCGGUGGUGACGUCGAUCCACGAGAGGCAUGCCGUGAGAAAAUGAAGAAAGCUCGAAAGAUGCUAGCAAUUAAGCGAACGUCGGCACCGGUCAUUUUAAUUCCAACGAUUCCACCGAAUCGAGUAGAGGAGAUUGCAUCGCUCGUAAAUAUUGCCAAGAAGCAGCAGUUUAUUCAGCGUUUGGUCGCUUACUGGACGCUCAAACGGCAACAUCGAAAUGGUGUUCCGCUGCUGAGGCGUUUGCAGAGUCAGGGACAAGCGCAGGGUGCCCCGGGAGGUCGUGAUAAGAACGAUGGUUCUCCGGAUGCUCGUGAGCUUUAUCAUCAGUUGAAGUAUUGGCAAUGUCUUCGGCAGGACUUGGAACGUGCCCGACUUCUGUGCGAGUUGGUACGAAAACGGGAAAAACUCAAACUAAUUCUAAUCAAAACAAACGAACAGUGCACAAUGGCCCAGCUGAAUCCGAUUGAACCCGUGCUGCAUCGGAUUUUGGAUCAGCUAGAAGCGAAGGACGUUCAGGAGAUCUUCCGGGAACCGGUGGACACGGACGAAGUCACCGAUUAUUUGACUGUCGUGAAAAAUCCUAUCGAUCUGGGAACUAUGCGACAAAAGCUGCGGAGUGGUUUCUACACCAGCAUCGAAGAUUUGGAGGCCGACGUUGCGCUGAUGAUCAGCAAUUGUUUGACGUACAACAACAAGGAUACGAUAUUCUACCGGGCGGGAAUCAAAAUGAAGGAUGCCGGAACGAUAAUUUUCCGAACGAUCCGCAAAGAACUGGAGCGAGCGGGAAUUCUGGAGAAACAUCAAUCACCACCGGCCAUUCAGGCGUUGGAAGAUUCGCUGGUGAUUGACAUCGAAGCCGAGUUGAGUCAGCUGAUACAGGAACCGCCCAGCGUGAAAUUGAUCGAAAAACUCCAACAGCAGGUAUCGAAAGCGAACGGAAUCAAGCACGGUCUGACGCGAUCCAAAAAGAUCAAGCACAUCCGGAGUGAGAUUGCCAAAAUCAAACGAGCGAUCGCUCGGGAACCAGAGAAACCAAGUGCUUCCCUCGAAAAGACACCAGUGGAAGUGCUCAAAAAGGCUGAGCCUGCAGUUACGAAAUCACCGAAGCUACAAACACCACCCGCAAGCCCGUUGAAAAUUCUCAACAAUAGUCCAUCGCCAUCCGGUGUCAAUCGACGAACGGCUGUCUUGUUCACGCGAAAGGCACAGGCUGCACUCAAGAAACCGGAAACCCCAUCGAAAGAGGAGGCGGUCAUUGCCGAGACCACCGAGCUUUUGCAGAAAACGGCCAAAAAAGCCACUCGUGGAAAACGUGGUAAUUCGAGUAAAAGCAAGGGCGCCACGUCGGGAUCCGCUAUCGGAGGAGGCGAGGCUGGAUUUCUCGGGAUACCGGGUCCUUCCCGAAGUAGCAAAUCGUCCGAAUCGCCGAACAAAAAGUCCUUCGAGGCUAUUCCGGACAGCUUUCGGGUUUAUCGAGGUGGACAGGACCGGGAGAUAUCGGAUUCGGACGAUAGCAACCUGAGCUUUACCGGAAGUACCUGCAGUAGCUGCAGUGGUUUUAGCGGAAGUGGCACUGAGUCGGAGUUUGGCAGUACGAGUAUGGACGACGACCAAUCGUUCUGCGACUCGGAAAUGUCCACCAGUGAAGCGGAAGCCUUCCCGGAGAAACCUUUGCUCGAACCACUGAAACUGGUUUGGGCGAAAUGUCGUGGCUAUCCGUGGUACCCGGCGCUCAUAAUCGAUCCGGACAUUCCCAGCGGGUUCGUUCACAAUGGAGUCCCGCUGCCGGCGCCACCAGCGGACGUUUUAGCCCUGAAGGCAAAUUACGAUGAACCGGUGUUUCUGGUGUUGUUUUUCGACGUGAAGCGAACCUGGCAGUGGCUUCCGGCGAACAAGUUGGAACUGCUGGGUGUCAACAAAGAACUGGACCAGAACAAGCUGGUAGAAUCUCGGAAACCCACGGAACGGAAAGCCGUCAACAAGGCUUACCAGGAGGCACUGCACUAUCACAGCCAGGUGUCGAGCGCUGAUGGCCCGGCGGGGAAGCUGUGAAGAUCGGUUCGGACCGGUCACCUCCAGAGCUGUUAUUGUUUGUGACUUAUGAUGUAAUGAAAAUGUUGUUUGGAGAGUUAUCGCAUUCUGCGAGCGUUUCUGUUUUAUCACGAUGACCCUGUACACCAGCUGAUGCAUGUUUUAUUUGAUAGGAAUAGAGGCACAUAGCUCUAAGACUACACUGUAUUAUUUAUGAUGUAGGUUUCGGCGUUAUACGAGGUUUAUUAUCCGAUAUGAAUAAAGCUUUGUAUGGAGUAUCAGAAUAUGUA